AUGCAAACGUUUUUGGUCUUUUGGAUUUUGUUUUGUUCCAUUAAGGCGGUUGUGAGACAAGGGACAGCACACCCGUCUAAUACAUCUGGUCCGUUUGAUUUUGUGAUUGGAAAAUACCAAGAUUUUCAAUCCCAGGCGAUGGACCUAGAAGCUCAAUACUGUAGAAGUUCAUGCUCUGAACGAUUUAAAAAGUUGUAUAAGGGUGAUUCUAAUUUCUUAUGUGCACCGUGUUUUUGUGACUCUGAUUGUUAUAAGUAUAAUGAUUGUUGUCCAGAUAAGAUUUUAUUUGAGAAACCAGAAACUGAAAUACAACCAGAUACUAAAUAUGGCUGCCACGGAACCAUCAUUAAAAAUGAACAAUAUCAGGAAUUCUAUCAAAUGAUUGACAAAUGUCCAGAAUCUUUCACCAAUCAGGAAAUCAAAGAGACUUGUCAUAAAUCCGAUUCUCUCCAUUGGAAAUACGUGAAACCAUAUUUUGAUUUUAAAACCAAAGAAACCUACCGAAAUAAAUAUUGUGCUCUGUGUAAUAAUGUGAUGAAUUCUAAAUCUUAUGAAACGCAAAUAACUUGUCAAACUUUCGAUGAUUAUGGAAACUCGACAAAUUCUACUGAAGUUUAUUAUCACGUGAUCAAUAAUUAUAAAUGUCAGGUGAGAUUUAACCCCCCAAAAACACAAUCCAUAGACAGGAGACAAUGUGGAGCUGUUUAUCAACCAUUUUAUUCUCAAUGUAACGAGACCGGCUUGUGGCUAUUCUUUGAUGAACGUGUUGAACGAGCAUGUGGACUUUAUACCAACAUUGUUAAUGAAAAAUAUAAAAAUAUUUUCUGUCGGCUUUGUAAUGAAAAGAUCUUCUGGCUCGAUUUGUUUGGACCAUUCACCACACGUCCAAUAGGUCACUUUAGUAUGACCAGUUUAUUAAAUUUGGGUGGCGAUGAUGGGUUAAUUGAAAAAACCCGGUUCUCAGACGAAUCAACACAAUUUAUUAAAGGAUGUUCAGAUGAUGAAAUACUGAAUCCAUUAUCUUGUGAAUGUGAAAAGAUAUUUUGUAUAGACAGUAAAACUUUCAAAAAUGGUCGAUGCCAAUCUGUGUUUUUAGAAUCCAAUAGUUUUGGUUAUGAUAUGUGUGUCAGAGUUGCAGGAACAAUCAAUACUACAGCACCAGAACCGUUCUUAGCGUUUGGUUUAGUCUUACCUAAUUAUGACUCGCCUUACUAUCUGGUAGAUCGUUAUGCUACUCCAGUAAAAGUCGAGGACUGUGGAAACGGACUCGUGCAAAUUAUAGCCGAUAUUACAACUGAAAUUAUAUUUGAGAAUCCAGUACCUACAGAUGUCACUGAACUAGACCUUGUUAAUAAAAUGAAACAGGUCGGCGAGGAAGUCAAAUAUUAUGAUGGAGAUAUGAUAUCCACAUUAGAGCGAGAUUGCCCACCUCCGCUUGAAUUUACAGGAGCUCUAGGUCUUGAUUCAUCGUGUAUUGAAAUACCUACAAAACCAUUUCAUUCUAACUUUAAUAUAAAGAUUGGUAUGGACAAAGUAUUGAAGGACAUGAAGUUUAUCCCGUUAAGUAAAUUGUUAACGUGUACCCUGAUUCUCGUCAAUUCAUCUCUAGUGACUCAUGAACCCAGGAUACUGACUCUGUUACAUAAUAAUGUGACUCUCAGUUCGGGAGAGUUUGAAAUCCAGGAUGAUCAGUUUGUAGUUUGUACUGAAGAUUUCCUGUUUGGAACCAGUAUUUUUGAAUGUUCUCCGACUGAUGUACACCAAAAUACAACCAAUGGAACGAGAGACGGGAAUAUUUCAGCAACACCUUUAGGUAUCCUGUCUGUUGUUUGUACCUGUAUUUCUUUAUUAUUUUUAAUCAUAACAUUUGUGUUUUAUUGUACAGUCAAAGAUCUGAGAAAUGUUGUUGGGGUUAACGUAAUGGGGUUAAUUAUAAAUCUAUUUAUAGCUCAAUUAGUCUAUGAAUUUGGAUUAGAACUUUCUGACUAUCCAGUCCUUUGUAAAGCAAUGGGUAUUUCAAAUCAUUAUUUUUGGCUCUCGGCAACAUUUUGGAUGAACUGUUGUACCAUAGUUUUGUUUAUGAAAUUAUCUUUCCCAUUACAUUCUCGAGCUUUUACAACUAAAUAUAUUUUACUAAGAAGUAGUUUAUAUUCUACCAUUACACCAUUAGUAAUUGUAGCCAUCACCAUUGUGGUCAAUAUGAGUAAUAAUGGUACAAUAGGCUAUGGUAAUAGGGCAAUAUGUUAUAUGAGUUAUGCUAAUGAUAGACGCUAUGCUUUUGCCCUACCCCUGGGUUUACUGAUUCUCACAAAUAUUGGAUUGUUCAGUUAUACUUUCAUUAAAAUCAGAGUGGAUCAGGUUGAAUCAAUCAUAAACAAAGAAAAUAAAAUAAAUAUAUUGGCCUGUUUAAAACUCUCGGUAAUUACAGGUGCUGCUUGGAUUUUUGCCUUUAUUUAUGAAGCGACUGGUGCCAUUGUUUUUGCGUACCUUUUCACAUUAUUAGUGGGAACCCAAGGGGUAAUGAUUUUCUUUGCUUUUAUUGUCAAUAAACGUGUUUGUAUGUCUUGUAAGGAUAAACUUUACGGUACAUCAGACUCUGGAAGUAGUGGUGUAUACAAACAGAAAAAAUAUUUACUGAAAACUGCCAGUGAAAGUCCUUUACCAAGUUUACCCAAAAGCAAAUCUAGUACUGAUUCAGACAGUGACCAAAAUGCGAAACUUCGACCAUCUGUACCCAACUUCAAUGGCGAAGCUGUUUAG